GAGAGCAUAAAUAGCCGUUUCUGUUCAGCGAUGCUGGCUGACACCUGUCCACACUUCUGGCUUCUCCAAGACGAACUUUUCUGGCUUCAGGCCCCAGGUGUGCCGCUGUUGAAGUGAGGAGCAGGUGAAGCCUGGAGGUGUCCCGGAUGGAGUCCGCGCGGCUGCUGCUGCUGCUGGCGCUCUGCUGUUUCUGCAGCGCUCAACGCGUUCAGUACAUAACUCCACAUCGAGGAAGCAUCAAUGGAGCAACUCGUCUCACCAUCAUUGGAGAAGGUUUUGCCCAGGAACAACAAUUCCAACUGAAUCCAAAAGAUGACACGUUUGGAAACCGUGUGACUCUGGUGUCAAGCUCCCUGUCCAUUCCCUGCGAUGUGGAAAGAGACUCCACACACAGCAACCAGAUCCAGUGCUACACCAGAUACAUGCCGCAGGAUCAGUACGUGGUAUAUGUGAAUGUGGACGGCGUUCCAAUUCCAAACAGCAAUAAAUGCUAUGGUUACUACACAUCGUACCAAUGCAGCUUUUAUACGGUUUCAUAUAGAACACCCACCAUCCAGUCCCUGAGUCCAGUCAGCGGCCCUCCAGGCACGCUGGUGACGGUGAGAGGACGGAUCUACUCAGACGUGUACGGAAGCAACACAGACUUGAGUUCCAACGGCCUGAACGUGCGAUUUCUGAGAUCCUUCAUGGGAGGAAUGCCCUGCGACCUGCUUAUACCUGAGUCAGACAACCUGUACAACCUUCAGCUGGAUUCAGAAACUUCCACUUGGGGAUACAUGAGCUGCAAAAUGACCGGAACAUACGUUGGUCAUCACAACAUGAGCUACAUUCUUGACGACGAAUUUGGAAGGAGUUUACCAGACAAGAGUCUGUUCUGGGUUUCAUCAUUGGACAAGCUCUCCAUGUUUCAGACGUUUGCAGAGGUGACGGGAGUCUCUCCUUCGGAGGGCAGCACGAUGGGAGGAACACUGCUGACCAUUCACGGCCGAUACUUUGACCAGACUGAUCAGCCAGCGCAGGUUCUUGUUGGAGGUUUGCCUUGUGAAGUCCAGAGUGUGAGUGAUGACAAGAUCCUAUGCAGGACUGCCGCACACCAGAUGAAGUCUGAUAACACGAAGCUGUACCCAGGUGGCCGAGGCUUAAAGAUGGAGGCGUGGAACGACACGCGUCCUCGUUACUUGACUGACAUCCUCAGCUACAACGAGAACACAACCGGCUACUGGUCGCAGUUGAUCGAUUCCCUCCCACACACGUUUCCUCGUGAAAUCGAGUACUUCACUUCUCGAACCAGAGGUUUCCUUGUGCCUCCAGCCACUGGCAACUACACGAUAUACCUGCUCUGUGAUGACAGAUGUGAACUCUACCUCAGCAACUCGUCUCGUCCAGAAGAUCAGGUUAAAAUUGCAGAUCAGCCACGAUAUGUGUCCAGCUACAAACUGGACUCCCAAAAAUCAAAAGUUCUGUCUUUGGAGAAAGGAAAACCCUAUUACAUGGAACUUCUGCACCAAGAGUAUGCUGUUGUAGCUACAAUCAACAUUGGCUUGUUCCGGGGCGACAGUUCCUUCACCGAAGACCAAACAGACGACGCUGUAAACGAAGUCCAGAGGAUUGUUGCUCAAUAUGAAGCUUUUGAUGAGGAGCAGGUGGUCACGUUCAACUCAUGGCCUGCUGAUGUCGAAGCAGUCCAGGAAGUCCAGGAGAUCAGCGUGAGCAGCGACUGUCCUGACCAUCUUUGUGGAAACACUUUUUUCAGCCUGGGUUACGGACUCGCCAGAACUGGGCCCAUCCCUGUGGGUGCCUCGGCGGGGGUGGUGGAAGCAGCUUUAAACAGCCUGUGGUCCAUCAAGCCUGACACAGUCCAGGUCAACAAGCAGGGAACCAGCCAGAACUCUGACUACACAGUCACAUUCAACUCUGACAGAGGAGACUUUGAGCCUCUUCAGUAUGAGGUGUUUGGCUCAGACACAAACGUCACCGUUACCGAGGUUACCAAGGGACGCAGCAGCCUCAGCACCUUCACUCUCCUUUGGGGGGGAGUUGCUACAAAGCCCAUCAGUUACAACGCAUCAGAGUCUGAGGUGCUGUCUGCUCUGGAGGACUUGAUGAGUGCCAAGUGUCCCGCUGAGGUCCUGAGUGCAGAGGGGCCAGAUGUCAAGUACUCCAAAGACUUUGAGGGUGACAACUCUCAGUUCAACAGUGCUCAGACAGGGACUCCUGCCAGCAACUUUGGUUUCUGCGGUUUGUGGUCGCUGAAGAACCCGGGGGUUCUUUUCACGGAAAGCUACACCAAAGCGUCUGGAGCCAGCUAUGGGCCAGUGUCACUGAGUCAGCACUCUACAGUAAGAAACAUGCAUUAUAAAUCUACUGUUAAUUUUUUUUUUUUUUUUACUUUUUAUUGUUUUAAUAUUUCAUACCACUUCCAAUGCUUUUUCUCCCAGCUUUGCUUUGCUUACACGGGAGGAUUGACUAAUGAAGUUGGGAUAAAGUUCACUUAUGUAACCAGCAACAGCCAAACUGUAACACAGACGGCAAAAAUUAAAACUCUUUUCAACAAGGAGCCCAAGUGGAGUUAUAAAUGCCUCGAUCUGCUGAGCUCCCUGCAGACAGAAUACGUUGGAAGCAAAUACACCCUUCUGGAGCUUUACCUCUACAAAGACAACUCUGACUCUGAUUUCUAUGUGGAUGCUGUUUACAUUGGAAAGAGGCCCACCACGAAUGAAGAAAAUGUUAUUCCCCUCAAGAGGCGGCCCCCUCCCUUUGAGAGCUCUGGCAAGUCUUUUGAAGCUUUCACAGUCACCAAAGACCGAACCAUGCCUUCACAAUUCAGCUACACAAUCACAGCAACUCCGGUGGAUUGUGGAUUUGAUUUUCCACUGCUUCAAAUUGCUUUCUUGAUGUCUAACAGCAGCAAGGAUACAGCCGAGUUCAUGGAGGGAGGCGCCACCGUCACCAUCACCCGGCCUCAUAGAGCCUCCCCUCCUCUGAACGGCACUUUUGACGUGGAGAUUUUUGGUGGCCGAGCGACAGGUCUGUCUGUGGACAUCAGUGAGGAGGACCUGAAAUAUGCUCUGGAGGGAAUUGAAGGCAUGGGGCAGGUCCAGGUUAAGAAAUUUGGCGACUGCAGACGCCCUAAGUGGACGGUGAAGUGGCUCACAAAUCCUGGAGAUCAGCCUAUGAUGAAGAUCGACGCCUCGGCUGUUGUUGGCAACGAUGUUGACAUUUCCGUGGUGGAAGACGUCCAAGGAGGACUGAUGAUUCGCGGCCUGACUGGAGACUUCUUCAGAGUGUGGGAAAACAAACCACAGGUGGAGGUGCACAUCAAUGGCAUUCCUUCAAAAUGCUCUGGAGAUUGCAGCUUUGAGUGGACAGAGAAAAACACUCCAGUAGUGACUGGAAUCAGCCCAUCUGAGGGAUCUCAUAGGCUGGGCACUCUUCUGACAAUCACUGGCACUGGCUUCAGUAAUGAAAAUGCUUCCAUCAUGGUGGGAAAAGCCAGCUGUGUCGUUGUAGAGGUCACAGCAAAUACUCAAGUGUGCCAACUGAGUGCUGCCGCUGCUGGCACUUACCCAGUGUCAGUCAACUUUCCCUCUCUGGGCGACUCACGCUACGCCAAUAACAGCAUUCCCCAGUUCACCUACCUGCUCAUGAUUUCCUCCUUGUCCCCACUGUCUGGAAGCACCGCAGGAGGAACAUUGCUGACAGUGAUCGGUGUGGGUUUGAGCCAGAACGCCACGGUUACAGUUGGCGGCGAGGAGUGCGUGGUGGUUCAUGCGAAUGAGACAGAGCUGAAAUGCAGAACACCAGCGGGCACUGCUGGAUCGCAUGUCGUCACGGUAACUGUGGGAAACACGAGCAAAACUGCAUCGAGCUCCUUCACCUACGAUGAAAAUCUGACUCCUCAGAUGUCGAGCUUGAGUCCUCAGGCCACCACUGUGUCAGGACCUCGUUUUCUCACCAUUAUGGGCUCAGGUCUUGGAGGUCAAGACAAUGACAGCGCUGUGUUUGUUGGCAUGAAGGAAUGUGUGCCAGUGGAGUGGACGCCCACAAAUAUCACCUGUCUUCUCCCUGUGUUGCCACCUGGCAUCUACAAAGUCAACGUGCAAGUUGGGAACAAGGGCUUUCCAAAAGCAAGCAGUGGACUGAAUGCUACCAUUGAAUACAUCCUUGAAGUGUAUAGCAUCUUCCCGCUCUCCGGUUCUUUAUUGGGAGGCACCAAGCUGACUGUUUCCGGCGCUGGUUUCAGCGUCAACCUAACAGACAACAAAGUGUCCCUCGGAGCUGCUGAUUGUGAGGUUGUGGCCGCCUCCGAGAACGAGCUACAGUGUGUGUUAAAGUCAGAGGAGAGGACCCACAUCGUCACAAACCAGGGAUCCCACCUCACUUAUGGACAGGGUUAUGCAUGGAGUCCUGCCUCCCUGAGCGUGUUUGUGGGAGACACAGUGAGGUGGCAGUGGGAAGCGCCUGCCUUCCAGAGUGUCGGCUACAGAGUCUUUAGCGUUUCCAGCCCCAGUGGCUCCACUUACACUGAGGGACCUCUCAACAGUGGAGGGACCAAGACUGCCAAAGGGUCUUUCAGCUACCGUUUCACAGUGCCUGGCGUGUACUACUACAGCAGCGGCUACGUAGAUAGCUACAACAGCCGUCUUCUGCAGGGAGUCGUGAAAGUGAGGAGCAGAGAGGAGAAAAGCAGCUCUGUAUCCGUGAGCGUAGGAGGCCUUGAAGCCCUCUACAUGGCAGGAGGUUCACGUCGGGUUUCCAGAGCAGCACCACUUUGUGUGGCGUCCCCACAGUGCCAACAGGACAACCAAACCUCCGAUGAGCUGUCAUUCACCACCUCUGCCUGCUAUACCCCCACCGUCCACUCCAUCUCCCCCAACCAGGGAACAUACCAUCAAGAAAUCCUCAUCCAGGGACGAGGCUUCAGUGACACUGCCUGUGCUGUCGAGGUCACAGUGGGUGAUGAGCCCUGUCAGGUGGUCAACAGCUCUCUGUCUGAGAUCAGCUGCCUGCUCAGCCCUGACACGAUGCUCCCGGUCGGUAUCGCUCUGCCUGUGGAUGUCAGGGUCAACAACCUGGGCAGUGCUAUUGUUGCUAUCUCAGAGGAGUUUGAGCGCCGCUUCGUGGUCCUGCCAGUGGUUGACUCCGUCUCACCUCCCAUUGGCAGCCCCACAGGCCACACGAGGCUCCUCAUCCAGGGCUCUGGAUUCUCAGAGGGAGAAGUCACCGUCGCCGGCCAGCCCUGCAGAGUCCUGACACUGAACUACACUCACAUCGUCUGCGACACUGCCCCUUCCACACCCCACAGAGGAGACGUCAUCUUCCUCAUGGGCCGCAUCCAAAGCUCCUGUAGCUCCAACUGCUCCUUCCUGUACUCCCCCUCUGUCACCCCAACAGUUAGCAGCAUUUCCCCCAAUAGCAUCAAUAACGCCACUGACGUGGUUAUCCAUGGCUCUGGGUUCGGCAGCCGUGUGGAUAACGUGGCUGUUUUUGCCAGUGCCACAGAGUUAGAGGUCACAGCUGUGACUGAUGCGAACAUCACAGCGAGAGUCGACGCGCUUUCCGCAGGCGAGCAUCCAAUCACAGUGAUCGUGAGGAGCAGAGGCCUCUCUACAGGUCAGGUGACGCUGAACAGCCGCGCCCAGGCCGACCUGCACCCGAGCGUGGGGAGCGUCGAGGGAGGAACCCCGCUCGUAAUCACCGGGAACGGAUUUUCCGAGGGGAACACAAGCGUGAUGGUUGGCGGUGCACCUUGCAAGAUUCAGGAGGUGAGGCCAGGCCUCCUCCGCUGCCUGACUCCUCCUCACAGUGCAGGAGUGGUGACGGUCAGCAUCCGGGUCUUUGCUGUGGACUACCCCCCACUUAACUUCAACUACUCCUCAGCUUACACUCCUGCCAUCAGUUCAGUCAGCCCCUCCUCAGGGCCGAGCGGGUCUGCCAUCACGCUCACCGGUUCUGGUUUUGGCACAGACCCUCAGCUCAUCUCUGUCACCAUAAACCAGAUUCCCUGCAACGUGUCUGCCGUCUCUGACACAGAGAUCCAGUGUACAGCAGGCAGCAACCCAGGAGGGGCAUACCCAGUCAAGUUACAACAUCUGGUCAAAGGGUACGCUCGGUCCGUGGUCAGGUUCACGUACGAACUGACUCUGAGCGGCGUGCAGCCUAACGAAGGCAGUUUUGGAGGCGGAGCUCUGCUGUCUGUUCAGGGCUCUGGGUUCGAUUCACAGAACUCCAUGGUGCUCAUCUGUGGGCAGAUCUGUGAGGUGGACAGAGAAAACUCCACUUCCACCCUCCUGCUCUGCCGUUCUCCGCCCAACAACAGUACUCAGCAGCAGGUGAGCUGUGAGGUGAAAGUCGUCAAUCUGCAAAACGCCGCCAACAUAUCAAAUGGCUUCACCUACAAAUCUGAGCUGACUCCAGUGAUUUCCGAGGUGUCUCCACGCAGAGGAGGCACCGCUGGAGGCACCCGGCUCACCAUCACCGGCUCCAGUUUCAGCUCCAACGUUAAUGACGUUGCGGUGACGAUCGCCGGAUCGGUGUGUGAUGUCGCAUCUGCCAACAGCACACACAUCAUCUGUGUGACGAACGCCCAGAGUCAGUCUCAGCACGCCAAAGUUCAAGUCAGUGUUGGAAACCGGGGCGUUGCCAAGAUGGAUAAUGCAGAUUUCUUCUACAUCGACGUUUGGUCAUCCAAAUUCACAUGGGGAGGCUUAUCUCCCCCUGAAAAGGGCUCAUUCGCCGUCAUCACCAAAGGCCAGACCAUCUUGUUGGACACCAGCACUCCCGUGCUCAAGAUGCUUCUGAUUCAAGGCGGGACUUUGGUGUUUGAUGAAGCAGACAUUGAGCUGCAGGCGGAAAAUAUACUGAUCACCGAUGGUGGGAGGUUGCAAAUUGGCCAGGAGGGGGCGCCAUUUCAGCACAAGGCCAUCAUCACUCUCCAUGGGCAACUGCGCUCGCCUGAACUUCCAGUUUACGGAGCCAAGACGCUGGCUGUGAGGGAAGGCGUGCUGGACCUGCAUGGCAUUCCUGUUCCUGUACCGUGGACCCAUUUGGCUCAGACAGCAACAAACGGAUCCCUCACUUUGACGCUGUUGAAGGCCGUCACGUGGAAACCUGGAGAUGAGAUCGUCAUCGCCUCAACUGGACACAGGCACAGCCAAAGAGAAAAUGAAGUGAGGAAGAUUGCCUCUGUGUCCGCUAACGGAAAGACCCUCACCCUGACUGAACCCCUCACGUACACUCACUUGGGGGUGUCCGUCACGCUGCCCGACGGCACAGUGUUUGAGGGCAGAGCGGAGGUGGGUCUUCUCACCAGGAACAUCGUAGUGCGAGGAUCCCAACAGCAAGAAUGGAACGAUAACAUAGAAGCCUGUCCUGACGGCUUCAACACAGGAGAAUUUGCCACCCAGACUUGUUUCCAGGGACGCUUCGGAGAAGAGGUCGGCAGCGAUCAGUUUGGAGGCUGCAUCAUGUUCCACGCUCCCAGACCAAGUGAAAACCUUGCAAUCGGCCGACUAGAAUACGUCGAGUUAUUCCACGCAGGACAGGCCUUCAGGCUGGGACGUUAUCCGAUUCACUGGCAUCUGAUGGGAGACAUCAACUACAAGUCAUACGUAAGAGGAUGUGCCAUCCAUCAGACCUUCAACAGGGCCGUGACCAUCCACAACACCCAUCGACUGCUGGUGGAGCACAACGUCAUCUAUGACAUCAUGGGGGGAGCGUUCUUCAUUGAAGAUGGGAUCGAGACAGAGAACAUUCUGCAGUACAACCUCGCCGUGUUCGUCAAGCAAAGCACCAGCCUCCUGAAUGAUGACGUCACUCCUGCUGCGUACUGGGUCACCAAUCCAAACAACAUCAUUCGCCACAACGCCGCAGCAGGCGGCACUCACUUUGGGUUCUGGUACCGUAUGCACGAUCACCCAGACGGGCCGUCGUACGAUCCAAAUAUCUGCCAGAAAAGGGUUCCCCUCGGUGAGUUUUACAACAACACGGUCCACUCUCAGGGAUGGUUUGGACUUUGGAUCUUCCAGGAGUUUUUUCCCAUGAAAAAUGGAAACUGUAACUCCAGAACCCCUCAGCCCGCCGUCUUCCGCUCCCUCACCACCUGGAACUGCGAGAAAGGCGCCGAGUGGGUUAAUGUUGGCGCCGUGCAGUUCACUAACUUUGUCAUGGUCAACAACGAGAAAGCGGGCAUCGAAGCCAAACGCAUAAUGCAGUGGGCUGUGAGCAGCUUCGGAGAAGACGGAGGGGCAACGGUGUCCAACGGCACCAUCGUGGCCCACGUGGAUGAGCUCGGUCUGGGAAGCAAGUACUGCACACAGCGGGGCAUCAUCACGCCCUUCGACGACGGCAUGAGCGUCCUGAACACCAAAUUCAUCAACUUUGACCGGGGCAGCUGUACAGCGAUUGGAGUAACGAAAAUCGACGGCACGUGUGUGGAUCGGUGUGGUGGCUGGGCUGUCCGGUUCAGUGGGAUCCAGUACUCAAACUCUCCAAACAAAGCCGGCUUCAGGUGGGAGCACGAAGUCCAGCUGGUGGACACUGACGGCUCCCUCACAGGAAACAUUAACCAUAAGGUUGUGCCUAUGAGCAACUUGUUGGACCCAGCUCACUGUUCCCAGAGUGCCGAGUGGAGCGUGGGUUUCCCCGGCGCUGUGUGCGAUCACACCGUCAACUUCCAUCGUCUGGCCUUCAACCAUCCCACACCAGCCUCCCUGGAGGCAAAAGAUGUCAUCUUAACCAACUCUCAUGGAAGUAGUGUGGUCCCCUACCUGAAGAAGAGACUGACCCAUAAGUUGGGUUGGAUGGCCCUGCUGCCCUCCAGACACACCUACAACUGGUACUUUGAUAACGCGGACCAGAUCACCAACAUCACCUAUGAUGCUAAGUUCUACGGCUUCAAGUCAGAUGAAUACGUUAUCAUCAACCACAACUUCACCCAGAGCCCCGAUAGUUUCCACAUCGUCGACAACAGGAACGGCUCCAAAACGCCGCUGAGCUUCGGCAGCAACAAGAACGGAGACUGGUUCUUCAAUAACAAAACCAACGACCUCUUCUACAUGGUGUCUGGGGAUACACAGCAGCGCAGGAGGCGCAACAGCGUGGACCGCUCCAUGGCCGACGUCGUGACAGACUUCGCCGUCUACCGUUGCUUCUUUCCCAAAUGCAUCCCUCCACCGCCAGCCACUCUGGCUCCUAUACCCAACGGUCGACCCAGUGACUUUGUUUGGUGGUCUGAUGAAUCUUAUUGGAAAACUUCACGUGAGAACAACUUCACCGUGCCAAAAGACGGUUCUGAUGUGGUGAUCCCUUCAGGGAAGUGGAUCGUUUUGGACAGUAACACUCCGAUCCUCAACAAGCUGACCGUCAUUGGAGUUCUGGAGAUCCCCGACACCACAAGCGACUCUCCCAGCAGACAGGCUCGGUCCACCACGCAGUACAGUUCAGUGGUGAUCAAUGCUGUGUACAUCUCUAUUCAGGGAGGCAAAAUGAUCGCAGGACUACAAAACCAGCCGUUCAGAGGUCAACUCGUCAUCAGACUGAGGGGGAACCAUCGCACCCCUGACUGGCUCCUACCAAAUGGACCCAACCAAGGAUCCAAAGUCCUGGGUGUCUUUGGGGUUCUGGAGCUGUAUGGACUUCCGCACAAUGUUUACCACACCAAACUGGCUGCCACCGCUGAUGCAGGAUCCAGCACUCUGACUCUGGCACAGUCGGUCGAUUGGCAGGUUGGAGACGAGAUUGUCAUCUCCACUACCAGCUACAACACAUCGGAGACAGAAAAACGCCAGCUCACUGAGGUUUCAGCCGAUGGUCGCACCCUGACCCUGAACCAGCCUUUGGCUCACACUCACAUUGGUGAGACUCAUUCUGUUCCCGGCACGUCUUUGUCCUACACCUUGGCGGCUGAUGUCGGCCUCCUGACCAGAAACAUCCGAAUCAUUGGUGAGGAUUAUCCAGAAAUGCAGUCAGAGUCGUUUGGAGCCAGGCUGUUGGUCGGCUCUUUCUCCAGCGGAGGAAUUGACUAUAAAGGUAAAGCUCAGAUCAGGAAUGUGGAGUUCUUCCAGACUGGUCAGGAAGGAUGGACUGACUACUAUGACCCCCGUUAUUCUGUGGCUUUCCUCAACCUGGGACAGAUCCCCGCAAAUGAGUCGUACCUUCAGGGCUGUGCGUUCCACGAUGGCUUCUCUCCGGCCGUCGGCGUCUUUGGGACAGAAGGGCUCACCAUCGACGAUAACAUCGUCCACCGCACUGUUGGAGAAGCCAUCAGGAUUUGGGGAAACAAGAUAACACUGAGGAGGAACCUGGUGAUGAUGUCUCUGUGGCCGGGUUCUUACCAGGACAGAGAGGAACCCUUUAACUUUGACUGGAACGCAGCCGUUGAGAUCAAUGAGGGGACCAACGUCGUGCUGCAGAACAACAUCGUAGCAGGUUAUGAGAGGGUAGCCUAUCGCAUCAACGGUGAACCAUGCCCAGGAUACCCCAACACCAACCAGGCCUGGAUCAAUAACGAGGCUCAUGGAGGUCUGUAUGGAGUCUACCUGAACAAAGACGGUCUGCCUGGAUGCAGCUUCAUCAGAGGCUUCUUCAUCUGGAAGAGCUUUGACUUUGCCAUUUACUUUCAGACCAUAAUGGAUGUUGUUAUUUCCAAUGUGACGCUGGUGGACAACGGGAUGGGCAUCAUGCCCCUCAUCUAUGCUCCGCCCUCUCUGUCUCACGCUUACGCUGAUAAAACUGUGCAGAUCCAGAAUGCAUUGAUUGUCGGCACCAGCCCAAAUUUCGACUGUUCAGACACGCUAAGUUCCAGCGACGUCAACAUGGCCAUCAGCGCCUUGCACCGAGCACCCAGACCUCAACAAGGAGGCAGAUCCGGAAUCUGUUGGCCCAAUUUUGCGUCCGGACACAACACUGCUCCCUUUAAGCCUCACCAUCUGAACAUGAACUACAACGCCAUUAAAGGCCUGAUGACAGUCAGAGACACAACAUUUGUCAAUUUCAAUGACAUCUGCUCCGGUCAGAAGGACUUCAUGUUUAUCACUAACCCGAUCAACGAGGACCUGCAGCAUCCAGUCCAAGUGUCGGGGAUAAAGAUGAUCAACAGCAAUGAGCAGAACAAAGUGUUUGUUCACAGACCCGAUGUGGGCAAAGCAAACCCAGCUGACUGUGUGGACAUGGACUGUGAUGCUAAGAAGAAGACCCUGCUGAAGGAUCUGGACGGGUCGUUCCUGGGGGCGGUGGGCUCUGUGGUGCCUCAGUCUGAGUACGAGUGGGGAGGAGACCCCAGGAGGGGGCUGGGAGACUACCGUAUUCCCAAAGUGAUGCUGACCGCGCUCAACGGCAGCCGGAUCCCAGUGGAACAAGUCGCUCCUUAUAAAGGCGUUAUCAGGAAGAACUGCACCUACAUGAGCUCCUGGCAGAGCUACAAGUGCUUCGGGCUCAACUACAGGAUGGUGGUGAUCGAGAGUCUGGACGCGGACACAGAGACCCGCCGUCUGUCCCCGGUGGCCGUGCUCGGCGACGGCUAUGUGGAUUUGAUCAACGGCCCCCAGGAUCACGGCUGGUGCGCAGGCUACACCUGCCAGAAGCGAGUGUCCCUGUUCCACGGCAUCAUAGCCACAGGUCACUCGUUUGACGUGUUCUUCACCAGCGUCAGCCCACAGAAGCUCCGCCUCAUGAUGCUGAACGCCAGCCCCUCCGAGAGCGUCUUGGUGUCGAUCUUCUACUCCAACCCUCAGAGGUUGGAUGUUUAUGUUGACAACAGUCUGGUUGCUCCAAACAACGCUCAAUGGAAUGGAGAUAAAACUGAUUACACUCUGAGAGAACCAAUCGGUGCAAAUGACUUUGUUCCCACGAUGAACGCCACUGUGGGCAGCAACUAUUUUGACCAGGACUACAAGAUGCUGAGGGUGCUGCUGAGAGGCUCCACGCCGGUGGAGAUCAGAACUUCCCCGGUUCUUGUCCUGGCCUUUAACAUGCCCGCCAUGCCUGUUGACGAGUUCUUUGGAGAUAACCUCAUCCAGAAUUUGGCCACGUUCCUCAAAGUUCCACCAAACAUGAUUCGUGUCACCAAGGUGGUCAGAGAGGACGGCGGCGCGCGGCGCAGGAAAAGAGCCACGGGGAUGACGGUGGAGGUGGAGAUCAAGAAACCUCCUGUGCAGCAAACCACCAACACCACGAACGACGAGGAGGACUUUGCUCUGUUGAAGAACAUUGCUGACGAUCUGGGUCAAGCUGCAGUUUCUGGAAACCUCAGUCGGUCCAUCGGCUUUAAUGUGUCCUCGAUGGGCAUCAUUCCUCCCCCUCCUCCAUCUUCAGACCCCAACUGGAAUGAGGUGGCAACAAAUGAAGUCACAAGAGAAGACCCUAAAACAAAUUUCGUGUCCAGCGUGUCCACCCUGCUGCUGGUGGAGGAGCCCAUCGCCGGAGAGUUUGUGGGCCCUCUCUACCAGCAACCAUCACUGAUGGCUUUGGAUGAGCAGGGUAAUUGUGUCUCAGUGGGAGUGACGUCUCUCACUGUAACAGCCAGUCUGAAAAACAGCAGUGGACACCCAGUGGACGGGCUGGAAGGCAACACCACCAUUCUAUUCAAAACCUGCUGGGCCAACUUCACUGAUCUGUCCAUUCGCAACAGCGGUGAAAACCUCACCAUGGUCUUUACAUUGAAGGAGUGGGGGGCCAACUCAAAAGCCUUCUCUGUAAAGAACAUGCCUACCACCAUGCCCCCGCUGAUCAGCACCACCACACAACAGUCCACCACCGACGAAAGCAUCUUCAGCUCCAGCCCGGCCCUAACUGCUGGCAGUCUGUGUCUCAUCAGCCUCAUCUACGAGGUGGCCUGCUGCUCAGGCAGCAUCCCCAUAUGUUAAUGGUUCCUCUUCUAAAGGGUUAAAUGAAGGAUCACUCCACUCAGCUUUAAGAAUGGUGGAUAAAACUUGAUAAUUACUUUUCUCUUUUGGAUUUUUAUUCUCAUGUAUAGGAGCUGUAACACUUCUAUUAAUCUGAUCAGCCUUGUAGCCAAAUUUAUAAUAAGAUGGUCAUUUUUGUGUGGGAUUUUUCUGGAUAUGUAACUACUUCUGGUUUGGAGAUUCUGCCUUAAUAUAUAAAAAUUAUAUAUAUAUAAACAACGGACAUGCUGAAUUGUGACCAAGAUUCCAAGCCUUUGUCUGAUAGCACUUGUGGGACUUUUUUAUUUUAAAAAUAUAUUUUAUUGCAUUUUUGUGACUAUUGUCUGCUUAUGUAAUCAUAUUGGGGUUAUCACCUUUAAAUGAUCUAAGAAAGCAGCAUUGUUUUUUCAGUCAUUCAGUUUCUUGAGGCCAAUUGUUUUUCCUGUUAUUUUAAAUUCACAAUUUGACAAGCUUUUAAAAACACUUCAUACAUAUGAAGAGAAGAUUAACUUUAGAGUUCAGAUUUUAGGUUAUUUCUCAAAAAAAAUUACUUUAGUACAAACUUGCCUGUUUGUCACAGCUGGAAAUUACUAAUUGUUCAUGUUUUUUCUCUAUCAUUGCAAGUAAAGUAGGGAUGUUACCCCAGCUUUUAUUUGGACACCUCGAAUGCUGCCAAUACAUUUUUAAAAAGUUUGCUUUUUUGCCAAAAUUGCAAGUCCUUACUAUUUUAUUAAGAUCAAAAUGUAAGAUGAGUCAAAAAUCCCAUAAAUUGUAAGACAAAAAAGGGGCACGUGAUGCACUUUAAUUAGCAGCUUCAUUUUAUAAUUGCGUCAUUUUGCAAAAAGGUAACUUAUAUAAACUGUUGCACUUUACGGAUUGUUGAAGACUAAACUCUGCUUUCAAUAAAUUUAACUGUUUAAAGCUU